CUUGAACCCAGGGGGCAGAGGUUGCAGUGAGCCGAGAUCGCGCCACUGCACUCCAGCCUGGGUGACAAUGCCAGACUUCGUCAAAAACAAAAAAACAAAAAAAACCCCUACAGUUGCCUAGAACUCAGCAAACACCUCUUGAAUGGCAGCAUGAUGUAUCAUAGAAAUCUAAGAUGUUAGGUCUACCUUACCACCCUCUCAACAGCCCAUCCUCCUCCAAGUGACUGCCAGGAAUCAGAUGAUGCGCCUCCCCCUGCUAAGAAUUCAUCAGUGGUUACAACAGAAACCACACUCCUCUCUCUGCACCACUCCCAUGGCCCUGCAUGACCUGCCGUGCACCCCACAUUCGCUUUCUGACCUCCACACCCCGCCUCCACUCUGCUCCAGUGGUGUUCUCGUCUCCUCGCGGCUCUUUGACCAAAAUAAGCCCGUCCCACCCCACUCCAGGACAUCUGCACCAGCUAUCAGGGCUGAUGUUGGGACAAGACUAGAGGGGAUGAAGGUGCCCAUUUUGAACCCGGACCUCUGUUCACGGAGUCGCCUGAGGUGCGCUCUGAUUACCCUGGGAUAGCAAGACUACACCACCGUCCAAGUUGCACUCCACGUUGACUCUGCCCUCAGGCCCCGCCCCCAUCCGAACGCCUUGAGCAGGCCCCGCCUCCAACCUCGCGAGAGCUGAGAGGCGGAAAAUGGCGCUGACGUGAACGCGAGCUCGCAUUGCCCAGAGGGUGGCCGCUGCCUAAGCUGGAGCCGCCGGAGCCGCAGGAACAAGAGGCCGAGCCGUGUCGAAGAUGGAGGAGAAACCCUCAGGACCCAGCCCAGACAUGCCGGCCACUGCAGAGCCCAACUCCAGUGAGAUCGACAAGGAGUUGUUGUCCCCGGCUGUGCCAUCUGCCGCCACCUCGUCCUCCAUGGCGGAGGAGCCGGGCCCUGAGCAGGCAGCCACACCACCAGUGUGGGAACGUGGAGGGCUUGGAGGGAUGCAGCAGGGCUCCUCCCCAGCCCCAGACAGCUGCCAGCCUGGCCCCGGACCCAGCCCUGGCCCGACCAGCAUAGUCUCCGGGACCAGCGAGGACCUGCGGCCUCCCAGACGACGCCCACCUCCAGGGAAGCAAAUCCCUUGCUCCAGCCCUGGCUGCUCCCUCAGUUUUCCCAGCGUCCGUGACCUGGCACAGCAUCUGCGAACCCACUGCCCGCCCACACAGUCCCUGGAAGGCAAGCUCUUCCGCUGCUCAGCCCUGAGCUGCACCGAGACCUUCCCCAGCAUGCAGGAGCUGGUGGCUCACAGCAAACUGCACUACAAGCCCAAUCGCUACUUCAAGUGUGAGAACUGCCUGCUGCGCUUCCGCACGCACCGCUCGCUCUUCAAGCACCUACAUGUUUGCGCGGAGCAUGCGCAGAGCCCAGCCCCGCCACCACCCCCGGCCCUGGACCGAGAGCCGCCCGCGCCCGAGCGUCCCCCGGAGGUUGACCUCGCGUCAGACCCGGGCCUGCCGUUCCCGCUGCUGGUACCUUUCACGACCCCUGCCCCUGCCCCCACUGGACCGUUCCUGCCCUACUUGAACCCUGCGCCCUUUGGCCUAAGCCCCCCGCGCCUGCGCCCCUUCCUGGCCGCUGCACCUGGGCCACCGGCUUCCAGCGCCGCCGUCUGGAAAAAGAGCCAAGCCCCCGAAGACCCCAGGGCGGCUCCGACGCGCCCUCAGGGCACGCGGCCCCGAGCCGCAUCGUGUGGGAGCACACGCGCGGCCGCUACUCGUGCAUGCAGUGCGCCUUCUCCACGGCCUCGCGGUCCGCCAUGACCCUGCACCUGGAGGACCACCGCCCCGGCGCCCCCGCGGCCCCCGCGCCCGGGCCACCGCGCCCCGACGCCCCCGCGGGUAAGGCCGAGGAAUGCGCGGGUGGAGAGGGGGGCGGGGGUCCAAGGCGCUGAGGCUCAGGCGCCCCCCUCCUCUGCCCCACCCAGAUCCGGCCCCGCUUGCACCCAAGGUGUCGCCGCUGCUUUCAGAGGGGGAGCUUCCAGUGUUCUCGCAGCUCUGAACCCCGCCGCUUUCGGGGUGGCCCAUGGGAUGUGGGUAGUUUUAUCAUUUGGAGGGGGUGCAGGGAAGGGGGGUUGGGGGUGGACAAUAAAGAAGGCACCAUGA